UAAAAUUUAUUUAAGCGAAAUUAAAUAAUGGUUACCUAUAUAAAGUUCAAGUUGGUCAUGAAUUCAAUCUUAUGCAGGUGACCAAAUUGGUGUUUGUUAUGGCAUGAUUGGUAACAACUUACCGCCCCGCCCAGAAGUCAUAGCUCUCUACAACCAAUACAACAUCCGAAGGAUGAGACUCUACGACCCGGAUCAAGCUGCGCUCCAAGCCCUCGGAGGCACCAACAUUGAGGUCAUGCUCGGCGUCCCCAACACCGAUCUCGCACGCAUCGCCGCCAGCCAGGACAAUGCCAAUGCUUGGGUCCAAAACAACGUCAAGAACCACGCCAACGUUAAGUUCCGCUACAUAGCCGUUGGGAACGAAGUUAAGCCCUCGGAUUCUUUUGCACAGUUUCUAGUCCCCGCCAUGCAGAACAUCCGAAAUGCACUUUCGGCUGCCGGACUUGGAAUCAAAGUUUCCACGGCUAUCGACACCGGAACCCUCGGAGAAUCUUUCCCACCGUCCAAGGGGUCUUUCAAGGGUGAAUAUAUGCCGAUUCUAAACCCUGUUAUUCGUUUCUUGGUGGACACACAAGCUCCAUUGCUGGUCAACUUGUAUCCUUACUUCAGUUACAUAGGCAACACGAAGGACAUCUCCCUUAAUUACGCCCUCUUCGCGGACCCGGCGCCCGUGGUCCAAGACGGGUCUCUACAGUACCAUAAUCUUUUCGAUGCAAUUCUUGACACAGUCUAUGCUGCGCUUGAGAAGUUCGGUGGAGGCAAUUUAGAGAUUGUUGUAUCAGAGAGUGGCUGGCCUACCACCGGUGGAACGGCGACGACGGUUGAUAAUGCAAGGACUUAUAACAACAAUCUGAUUCAACAUUCCAUACAGCCUUCGACAUUCAAGCUUCGACUCCACAUUUUCUCUUUAGUCUUUAACAUUAUCUCAAACUUAGAUAUUAGUUUCACCAAGUCACCAUUACAUCCACUUAGCCCUUUCUUUCUUUCUCCUUUGAGUUUGACAAGUGCUCUCUUUGUCACCAACUUUUCUCUCUAAAACCUUCAAGGAAGUUAUUUACUUAUUUAUGCUUUUUAGCUUUCUCUAUAUUCCAAGUAAAAAUUAUACUUGAUCUUGUCCUUUGCUUAGAUGCAUUCAAUUGAUUGAUUCUUUGAAAGCAAUGACAAGAACAAAUAUGUUCCAAUGGGGUUUGUGUUUUUUGGUUGUCAUGCUACUACUGUUUUUUUUUUUUUUCAUUAUUGAGAUUUAUAAAUGUGUGGUGUUUUU